AUGGCGCGGGACAUGUCCGAUAAGGACAUCCUUAAAAUGGAGCUGGACCAGCUCAAGGUAGAGGUGAAAACCGAAAGGCAGCCGGUGUCCAAAACAGCCAAAGAGCUGGUAGAGUGGGUGGAUGCUCAGUCACCUGAAGACCCCCUGAUCAAAGGUGUGCCAGAAGAUAAGAACCCCUUCAAGGAGAAGGGUGGUUGCAUAAUAACCUAG